AUGCGGCUGACCGAGAUUGCGAGUCUUCCAGGACACGAGGACGCUGCGUGGGGCGUCUCGUUCAACCCGCAGCGCAACCUGCUCGCUUCGUGUGGAACCGACCGCACAAUUCGACUCUACACGUAUACGACGUCAUCAGGCUCGCCCGAAUUCCAGUUCCACACCUCUGUGCCGACGGGACACCGACGGACGAUCCGCGCUAUCGACUGGCACCCGACGGGGUCGACGCUGGCGACCGCCUCCUUCGACUCGACAGUGUGCCUAUGGGAGGAUGAGGAUGCGGAGGGACAGUGGGAGUGUGUGACGACGCUGGAGGGGCAUGAGAACGAGUGCAAGAGUGUUGGCUUCUCGAACGACGGCGCGCUCAUCGCGAGCUGCUCGCGCGACCGCAGCGUGUGGGUGUGGGAGGUGGGAGAGGAGCUCGAAUGUAUUGCCGUCAUGAUGGACCACUCGGCCGACGUCAAAGCUGUUGCCUGGCACCCUGUUGAGGAGAAGCUCAAGCCCUCGGCGGCGAAGAAGGAGAUCCCGACGCUGCUGGCCGACAUGCGCUCAGAGGCGGAGCGGAACGAAGAUGAGCUCGAGGUGCCCCCGCUUCAGGAGCCUGAGACCGUGUGGUGUCUCGCUUGGUCGCCUGAUGGAAAGUACCUCGCUUCCGGCGGCGACGGGGGCGGCAUCCGAAUCUGGCGCCGGAAGCCUGGAACGUCCGGCCUCUCGUCCGAGUUUGAGGAGACGCUGCAUGUAGGCGCGCAUGCUGGACCAGUCUACGCCAUCGACUUCCUCGCCCCGACCGACGCCAUGAAGAGCGCCGCUAAGGACGGCUCUGUCGCCCUCCUGGCGUCCACUGGUGGAGACGGACGCAUCAUUGUCUGGAACGCGAGCAACGAGGACGAGGCGGAGUGCGAGGACAUCCCCAGGUUACGGCUCGAACCCGUUGCUGUUGUGCGCGAUGCCCACGGCGUCAGCGAUGUCAACAGCCUCAAGUGGAACAAGAAGGAGGGACAGGAGGGCGUUCCCGCCAGCUGCGCGGAUGACGGCAGCGUCAAGGUCUGGAAGUUUGAAGUGUAA